AUGACUCGCAUGCGCGCCGGCCGCGUGGUGCUGUUCGACUUCUCCACCGAGUAUGACGUCAAGAUCACAGACCACUUCCUGGACUAUCUCAAACACGAAAACAUGCAGAUAAUAAUCAGCGAGCUCGACAAGCAGAAUGAACCGUUCGCGAGCUGCGCGCUGCCGCUGCGCGAUGCGUUAUUGCACACCAACAGGCGCGCUGACAUGUCUUUAGCUUUGGUGGCCGGACCUCACUUGCGUCGUGCACAGGACCCAUUAGACUCCGGCGACGAGGUGGGCGUGUUAGACCUGUGGUGCAUGUUACGCGUCGAUCCCGCGCUGCUGCCCGCCAUCAACCGCGCCAUCGCUAAUCCAGGCCCAGCCGACCCGUCAGCUCAGCUAGAGCAGAACUUGAUGGACGACGACGACCGCUACAACGAAGACCAGCUGUCCCAGGACCUGGAUAUGCGGCCGUCCAAGCAGAAGGCCGGGCUCUACGACUUCGAGACUCCCGCGGCUUACAGCGCGAAGAAGAACGACAUGUAUGAUUUGAGUCGUCCGCUGGGACCGCCAGAUCGUUGUCGCAGCGUGGGCAGUCAGAGCCACGGGGAGUCUACUAGCAAUUCUCCUGUGACAUUGAACACCGAAAAUCGUCGUAGUAUUUCGGCACAGGCUACAACAUCGAACGCCAAUCAAUUGCCUCAACAAAACCAAGUCCGAGUGUCUCUACAACGCGAACGCGGACCAGUAGGAUUUAAAGAUGCAGAUUCAACCCAAUCCAGAAUACUCGUGAAUGAAGUGCCUGCAAAAAUAAAAUCGGCGAACGAUAUGAAACAAGCAUUAGAUCGUUACGCCGUGCAUGAAAACAUACCGCCUAUAUCACGACUGGAAAAAAUAGAGGAUGAUGCAGCAUCUCAAACACAUUCUACUGCUAGUUCUUGGAGAGGCCUAGUCACGAGGCGACAGAUUCCGAAAUCAAACAAACGAAGCAGCUUUUUUAAAAAUGAAUGUUCUAUGACUAGUUUAGUAAAAAAGGACACUAAUUAUAAUAAGCAAUCCAAAGCCAUGCAAACGACCCGGCCGACAGUAGACGAUCCUCCGGAGCUGAGCAAAUCUUCCAGGGGGCUAGAUGGUUCAAAAAAAUUCGUCACCAUCGCAAAAAACAGUAAAUCUUGGGAUAAAGAAAAUAAGACGUCAUCAUCAACGGACCGGGACCCGAGCGACGACCACGUCGGCCAGUGCGUGGACAUCACGGUGAUGUGGCUCGCGCUCAACGAAGAGUGCGCGGCCAUGGCGGACGCGCGCGUCACGCGCCUCUACGUGGCGUACACGUUCCUGGGCCGAUCCGGCGCCGAGCUCGAGACGCCCGUCAGCCUGCCCAAGCCCCGGAGCUACGUCGACAAGUGCUACUUCCAGUUCAGCAAGAACAAUGUGGCCGCGCUCUACGUGGCCUACACGUUCCGGGGACGCUCCGGCGCCGAGCUCGAGACGCCCGUCAGCCUGCCCAAGCCCCGGAGCUACGUCGACAAGUGCUACUUCCAGUUCAGCAAGAACAAUGUGGCCGCGCUCUACGUGGCGUACACGUUCCUGGGCCGCUCCGGCGCCGAGCUCGAGACGCCCGUCAGCCUGCCCAAGCCCCGGAGCUACGUCGACAAGUGCUACUUCCAGUUCAGCAAGAGUAGACACAGUUUUAGAGUUCAGUUCAGAGUCUAG